AUGGCGACCGAGCAGAGCGUGGCGACGCGCGAGAGGAAGAGAUGGAAAAUCGACUGCCGUGAGGCCAAAGAGUGCGUCAGCAGCGAGCAGCAAACUGAAAACAAACUGACUGUUCCUUUCCGGGGUCACAUCACUGGUGGGCUGCAUCCAGGAAGGAAGUUGAUUAUCGUGGGCGUGGUGGACCAUCAUCCAGACAGGUUCUACGUGGCACUGACGUGCGGUCAAGGUACACGGGGCGAACCCCCGCAUGAUGUAGCACUGGAGAUAUGCGUGCGCUUCGGGGGCGAGCGCCAGGUGCUUCGACGGGCUUGCGUGGGUGGCACGUGGACCGAUGCUGACAGCGCCAUCCCCUUCUUUCCUUUCAUCAAGGGGCAGCCUUUCAAGAUGGAAGUGGAGUGUCAAUCAGGUCGAUUUCGAGUCAUGGUGGAUGCCCAGAAGCUUUUUGACUUUCAACACCGGGUGGCGCCACUUCAUGGUGUGGACACGCUGUGGAUCAAGGGCAGCCUUACCAUCAACAAACUGGGUUGA